AUGCCAACCAGUGCUCCCAGUACGAGAAUCAUGCCUGCCGCUGGCAGACCUGAAAACAUCCCAGACUAUGAGCCAAACGUCCCUGAGCCCACAUGCAGAGCUGAUCUUCUAAAAUACUGGAUGAACCUUUCCCUGGAUGACAAGACAGCCAAUAAGAUGCUGUGGAUCACAGAGGGUGGAUCCAAGGUGUCACGCAUGACUGAUGAUGUCACUUGCCCCGUACUGGACAGGCCAGAGAGAUAUGAGCAUGUACCUCAGGUUCUCUGCAAAGAAGGCAUACUGGGCUUCCGAGCUUACUGGGAAGUUAAAUAUUCAGGAUGGGUGGUCCUCGGAGUCACCUAUGAAGGGGCAGGGAGGAGGGGAAGCGACGGACCCUGUGGGCUGGGAGAGAAUGAACAGUCCUGGGGUCUUGGGUGGGGUGGAUCCCACUACCAGUUGUGGUUCAAUGGUACAAACACAGAAAUCUGGGAUAUUCCCCAGUGCACCACCAUCGGGGUGUACCUUGACCAUCCAGCUGGUGUCAUCAAUUUUUACGCAGUUGAAGAGGUGAAGGAUGGAGGAGAGGGCGAAGGCAGGAAGGAGAUCAGACUGCUGCAGCAGAUUAAGAGCUCCUUCAUGGGGAGAAUGUUGCCAGGUUUCUGGGUAGGACAAAAGUCAUCAUGUGUUUUUGUUGAACAAGAAGAAUAG